GAGUGAGGGGGACUCAGGAAGAAAUUGGUAAAUUUGCUUAGCAACGUCGUCAUGUGUGAUCUAAUGGCUGCUACCCAGAUUUUUUCGAAGUUCAAACACAACUGUCACCGACUGUUUGUCAUGAGUCGGGCACGGCUUCCACCUACUCCCUUCCUCAACGAGUCGCUGCUCAUCUUUCAAGUCCUUCCAACUGCCUUGUCUAGGCCCUCUUUUACUUUGUAUCCAGUUUCCUCGCUCUCUCUCUGAGCAGGCUCACGGGACCUCGGCCUUGUUUCUGUCCACCUUGUCCGUACUCCAUCAGAUUCUGGUACAUUUAUGGAGGUAGUCAAAGAAGUUUCUAGGCAGGGGUGUGCCUCUCGUGACAGAGUUGCUAUUAGAGCCGAUAAGCAAAGUUACAGCUACAUACAGCUCAUUUCAUCAGCAUUCGAGAUAUCUAAUAUUUUAAGCAGUAGUGACUUAAUAAGUACUUCCAAAGAGAGCAAACGGGAAAAGCCUUCUCUAUCUGUUGAUGGUGUGGGAGGACUUGGUCAUCUUGGUGGAGCUCGAAUAGGAAUUGUGGCCAAACCUUCAGCUGAGUUCGUUGCUGGAAUGCUAGGGACCUGGUUGAGUGGAGGUGUUGCUGUUCCACUUGCACUCAGCUACCCAGAGGCUGAGCUCCUACAUGUGAUGAAUGAUUCGGAUGUCUCCAUUGUACUAAGUACUGAGGAUCAUCAUGAGUUUCUGCAAGAAGUUGCUUCUAAAUGUGCUGCUCGACACUCUGUUAUUCCACCUGUUCUGAGCAUUUCUUCACAGAAAAAUGCCCAUGAUCAUUCACCACCUGGUGGAAUAGAUGAACGUGGAAUUUUGCAAAGGAAUAUUGAGACAUCAAGUGAGGAUCCAGCAUUAAUUAUAUACACAAGUGGUACAACUGGUAAACCUAAAGGAGUUGUUCACACGCACAGAAGCAUCACUGCACAGGUACAAACACUCGCAGAAGCUUGGGAGUAUACUUCAGCUGACCAAUUUUUGCAUUGCCUACCGCUACAUCAUGUUCAUGGGCUAUUUAAUGCUCUACUAGCACCUCUCUAUGCCGGGUCAACGGUUGAGUUUAUGCCAAAAUUUAGUGUAAGGGGAAUUUGGCAGAGAUGGCGUGAGUCAUAUCCAAUUGAGGGGACUAAGGCUGAUGACGCUAUAACCGUUUUUACAGGAGUUCCAACCAUGUAUACUCGAUUGAUACAAGGUUAUGAAGCAAUGGAUCCAGAGUUACAAGCUGCUUCUGCCUCUGCAGCAAGACAGCUGAGACUAAUGAUGUGUGGCUCCUCAGCACUCCCUCAACCUGUCAUGCAACAAUGGGAAACUAUCACGGAGCAUCGCCUUUUGGAACGAUAUGGCAUGACUGAAUUUGUCAUGGCAAUAUCAAAUCCAUUGGAAGGUAUACGGAAGGCCGGGACUGUUGGGAAACCAUUUCCUGGUGUGCAGGUGAAGAUUCUAGAAGAAAAUGAGAAUGAAGAUGACACAGACAGGGUGGGUGAGCUUUGCGUUAAAAGCCCUUCAUUGUUUAGGGGAUAUUGGAAACUUCCAGAGGUAACUAGGGAAUCGUUUACUGAUGGGGACUUCUUCAGGACCGGGGAUGCUGGUAAAGUGGAUGUGGAUGGAUACUACAUCAUUGUGGGACGUACAAGUGCUGAUAUCAUGAAGGUUGGUGGAUACAAAUUAUCUGCAUUAGAGAUUGAAUCAGCUAUCUUGGAGCAUCCAGCUGUUGCAGAAUGUUGUGUGUUGGGGUUACCGGACAAAGAUUAUGGUGAAGCUGUUUGUGCAAUUAUUGUGCCUAAUGCAGAAGUUAAGAGAAUAAGGGAGGAAGAUCUGAAGCCUGCUAUAACGUUGGAGGAACUCUGCUCUUGGGCUAAAGAAAAACUUGCACCAUACAAGCUACCAACCCGAUUGCUUCUCUGGGACUCGCUGCCUCGUAAUGCCAUGGGAAAGGUGAAUAAGAAAGAAUUGAAGAAAGUGCUGGCUGCUGAACAGUAAAUUUCUAUUGAUUGUAGAUCAAAAGUGAUGCAUGCCACAUUCAGUUUUA